GGAUACCUGUGAAAGUACGAUGUCUUCUCCCAGUGCCACCUCCAAUCCUCUAAACGCUUUGGCAUCCAAAAGGAAGACCAAGAAGAAACACUUCGUGCAGCAGAAAGUGGAGGUUUUCCGAGCCAGUGACCCCGUGUUGAGCGUGCUGAUGUGGGGCGUCAAUCACUCGAUUAAUGACCUGAGCCAGGUGCCUGUACCUGUCAUGCUGCUUCCAGACAACUUCAAAGCCAGCACCAAGAUAAAAGUCAACAACCACCUCUUCAACAAAGAGAAUCUUCCUGGACAGUUCAAAUUCAAAGAGUAUUGUCCACAGGUGUUCAGAAACCUGCGAGAGCGCUUUGGCAUUGAGGACCAAGACUACCAGGUGUCUCUGGCCCGCAGUCCCCCACUCAAAGAUGAGGAGGGACAAAGCGUGGGGCUGCUGCUGACGUCAUACGACCACACUUUGGUAGUAAAAGAAAUCUCCAGUGAGGAGGUGGAGGAAAUGCACAACAUCCUCUCUGAGUAUCACCAGCAUAUUGUCACCUGCCACGGCAGUACGCUGCUCCCUCAGUUCUUGGCCAUGUACAGGGUCACGGUGGAGAACGAGGACACCUACCUGUUAGUUAUGAGGAACAUGUUCAGCCACAGACUACAUGUGCACAGGAAGUACGACCUCAAGGGGUCCUUGGUGUCUCGUGAAGCAAGUUUUAAAGAGAAGGUGAAAGAGCUGCCCACUUAUAAGGACGUGGAUUUCAGGAAUAACAUGCAAAAAGUUCAUGUGAGUGACGAGGAGAAGGAGAAGAUCAUGGACAAGCUCUACAGAGACACUGAGUUUCUGGCACGUAUGAGGAUAAUGGACUACAGCCUGCUGCUGGGCAUCCAUGAUGUCGAGCGGGCUGAGAGGGAGGAGGAGGAGGAUGAGGAGAUGGAGUCGUCCUAUGAAGAGGAAGAGGAGGAUGAAAAUGGCCUGGCUCAUGCGCCGGUCUCCACCUCACCUGAGGGAAUCGCUGGCUACAUGAACUCCUUCAAACCCAUGGGUCCCGGGGAGUUCGACCCUUAUGUGGAUGUGUAUGCUAUUCAGAGCGCUGUAGGUGCACCCCAGAGAGAGGUGUAUUUUAUGGGUCUGAUUGACGUGCUGACACAGUAUGACACCAAGAAGAAAGCCGCUCACGCUGCCAAGGCUGUCAAACACGGGGCCGGAGCAGAAAUCUCAACAGUUCAUCCAGAGCAGUACGCUAAACGUUUCAGAGAGUUCGUCAUUAAGAUAUUUGCCUAGUUCGAAGAUCCAGUUCACUCAUCAUUUAACAGGAGAGCAGUUAAACGAGCAUCAAGAAGCGCUGAAAAGUUAGACUUAACUUUUAAAUGAUUUAUGCGCUCUUUGAGUUUUGACCCUCCACAUUAUUCUGCACUGUGACAGGGAGAAAAGUCUUCCUGGCAACUCAUUACUGUUGUUAAUGGGUUUGUUUUGUUUUCACUUAAAGUUUUGGCAGCAUCGCUUUGACUCUGAGCGAGAGCCAGAAAUAUAGGUUUGCAGAAAACAAAUCAUGUGAGGUGAUGUAAGUUAAUACUUCUGACAUAAAUGUCUUCUUCUUCGUGGCCAGUGGAGGGGGGGUGGGGGACAUUAUUGUUCCUCAACACAUUCCUCCUUAAUCUGCUUUGGCUUUCCUUCAGUGGAAGCCUCAUGCAUGGCUGAUUAGGAUAAAUAUUAUUGUUUUGCUUUUAAAUCUUGCUUUGUGACUCCCUCUUUCCCAUCAAUGACAACACUUAGAUUAAGGAAAUAAUUUGUGUUGACUGGGCAAAUCUACAGGGUCUCAGUGAGGAACAACACAAUAUAUAUAUCUCCUUUUCAGCACAGAUAGUUUUACAGUCAAAUGCUGCCAAGUGCAGGUUUUAAAAUCAAUACCACAAACAUAAUGGUGUAAAUGAAGCACCGAAUACUGCCUUAAUACUGUUAGCCUCCAUCUUUAGGCAAGUAAAUCAAAGAGAAAAUUAAAUAAUGUUUAAAGAUCCU